CUCCGGAGCUGCGCCGGGGAUUUCAAGGCUCCUCCGUGCAGAAGACAGCGCCGCACGGCCCGACUCAGAGCGCAGCGGGGUGGCUCCGCUACACUUUAUCCCCUCUCCGGUUUGGAUGUAACCUGAUCGGAUCGGCCUCUGCUGACUGACUGCGCGGUGGUUUUAGUUGUUUUGGUCGGUUGGGUGGUCCGUUGGGUGGUUGUUGCUGGGAGCUGGAGGCCGGGAGCAGGACUGGGUCUGCCCGGGCUGCUGCUGCUGCUGCUGCCGUCGCUCGGUUCCCGUGGAUAGCAGAGCAGAGCCUGCAGGGACUGGCUGCUGCCUCUCUCUCUCUCUCUCUCUCUCUCUCUCUCUCUCUCUCUCUCUCUCUCUCUCUCUCUCUCUCUCUCUCUCUCUCUCUCUCUCUUUCUGUUUGUGCGUUUCUCUGCGCGGCUGGACACGGCUACACGCGUUACCACACACGGGAUUAAGUGAUUAACGCUCCGGUACCGGGGAGUUGGAUGUGUGUUUUGCCCCGCAGGAGUCUUCAGGAGUCCGGGCGGAGAGAAGGGGCCGAUGGCGCAACGGUAUGAAGACCUGGCCCACUAUGGGCUGGAGGCGAUGGCCGGGGUUUACGGAGACCCUCAUCACCAUCACCACCACCACCACCACGCUGCUGCCGCUGCUGCCCGCUCCAUGCAGGCCGUGCACCUGGCCUCCGCUGGCAGCCCUGCCACCGGUCCAUAUCCGCACCAGUACGCCCAGUCCAGCCACACCACGGCCGGGGACGCCACCAAGAGGGACAAAGACGCCAUUUAUGGACAUCCGUUAUUCCCUCUGCUCGCACUGAUUUUUGAAAAAUGUGAACUGGCGACGUGCACGCCGAGAGAGAGUUGCGUUGCCGGAGGAGACGUCUGCUCCUCGGACUCCUUCAACGAGGACAUCGCCGUCUUCUCCAAACAGAUCCGGUCAGAGAGGCCUUUCAUUUCAUCAGACCCAGAGCUGGAUAAUUUGAUGGUCCAGUCGAUACAAGUGCUGCGUUUCCACCUCUUGGAGCUGGAGAAGGUUCAUGAGCUGUGUGAUAACUUCUGCCACCGAUACAUCAGCUGUCUGAAAGGGAAAAUGCCGAUCGAUCUGGUGAUGGACGACCGAGACGGAAACAAGUCGGACAGCGAGGACUUCCUCCGGUCAUCAGGGAACAACAUGGAUCAGCUCUCGUGGAGCAGAGAUCAUGAUGACGCUGCAUCGAUCCGCUCGGCCGGGACGCCGGGACCUUCCAGCGGUGGACACACGUCUCACAGCGGCGACAACAGCAGCGAACAAGGUGACUGCCUGGACAACGGCAUGGCUUCUCCCAGCGAGGGGGACGACGACGACCCCGACAGAGACAAACUGCACAACAAAAAGAGAGGCAUCUUCCCCAAAGUGGCCACCAACAUCCUGAGAGCCUGGCUGUUUCAGCACCUCACGCACCCGUACCCGUCGGAGGAGCAGAAGAAGCAGCUGGCUCAGGACACCGGCCUCACCAACCUGCAAGUCAACAACUGGUUCAUCAACGCGAGGCGGAGGAUCGUUCAGCCAAUGAUCGACCAGUCCAACAGAGCAGUGAGCCAUGCUGGACCGUACGGCCCAGAUGGUCAGCCAAUGGGAGGCUUCGUUGUGGACGGACAGACACACAUGGGAAUCAGACCAACUGGUCCUCUGGGUGGCGUGGGGAUGGGGAUGGGCGUGGAGGGACAGUGGCACUACAUGUAGCACCACCGGCGCCGCCACCCUGCAGCCAGACGACCCGCCCAGCGUCCCGGGAAACCACCGACUCCGUCAGCAGGUCGCAGACGUCCUGGGCAGGCGUGGAGCGGGACCCCGCGCCUUCUCACCCGUCCUCCCUUCAGCCUCACCCUUCCCUCUCCGGACGCCUACCUGGCC